GACUUCGUCCGUGUGAACGGGGCUGCAGUGCUGCACCGGGCAGACUUCACGUGGUCUCGUUCGCGCGACCGGCGAGGUGAGGUUAGUACGGUUCAUGGCAGCGGUUCCGCGGGCGAAGGGCAGCGUUUUCUUUGCGAAUAUCCGCUCUAUCGCCGCAAAUCGAGAUACAAUCCGAGAAACCCGGAAAAAACAAUGGACACGUUGACGGCGGGCAGCUUGUCGGGUUCGCAGCGGGACGAGCUUAUGCAGCAAGUGAAGCAACAAAUAGCGGUCGCCAAUGCCCAGGAACUCCUCACGAAAAUGACAGAAAAAUGCUUCAAAAAGUGCAUAGCCAAGCCGGGCACCUCGCUUGACAGCUCGGAACAGAAAUGCCUGGCAAUGUGCAUGGACCGGUACAUGGACUCGUUUAAUCUUGUGUCGAAAACGUAUAGUGAACGACUCCAAAGAGAACGUAACAGAAUGUAAAUACGUUUGUGGAAAUAUAUUGUUGCUUGUUA